CCUAAUUACCUAUCUGGAUACGUGGUGGAAUACAGGGAAAUGAAAGGAACUGGAGACACCUUCGAAAACUGGAACCAAAUUCAGGCUGGUAAUAUUCCGCUGAUGACAAUUACUCAGUUAAGUCCACAUACAGCAUACCAGGUUCGGGUGUCCGUGUGGGAUGAUGUAGAAACUAAAAGGUUGGGUACUUCCUCCGAGGUCGUUACCAUUUUCACAGAAGAUGGCUGCAUAAGAAAUAACCAAACGCUCAAAGUUGGUGAUGAGUUUUUUGAAGGCUGUGACCUCCGCUGUAUCUGUAAAGGAAAUAACGAAGGGGACUGUAAGGAUAGAUGCACAGUUCCUUACAUGCGACCAGGAUCGGCAAAAAAUGAUCCGAUGUGCUUUGAAAAACCUGUCCCGAAUGAUCCCUGUUGCGUUACUGUUCGCUGUGCAGACAGUAAAGCAGAAGAUGCACCUUCGUAUGCUGAUAAACAUGGAGAGUGUCCAGAAAUUGUGGAAGAUCAGAGCGUGGACCACGACUCGUGUGCACGUGACUGUGAUCACGACUAUGAGUGUCCAAACACAUUUAAAUGUUGUCCUAGUUCCUGUGGUGGCGCUGUUUGUGUGGAACCCUUUCUGGGUAGAAAUAUCUGUGAGCAGGUAUAUUGUGGACCAAACGCAGAGUGUGUUGUAGAAGGUCCUGCGCCAUCUUGUGUCUGUCGACAGGGGUUCGAGGGAGACCCCAACGACAUCAAUAGAGGCUGUCGACCGGAUUAUAAAAUAGGGUUUGGUAAUGAUUUUAUAUCAUGGAUGUACGAUUCACUAACAUCACGUGUUUAA